CUUUGUUGGCCUUUUGUAAUCAUGAGGACCUUAGUGUCAUCAUUGCUGUGGAAAAAUAUACUCUUUCCCUCUUCCCCUCUUCUUCCUCUCACCAUAAUCAACUCUUUUCCCCUCAUUACUAUAAAUUAUCCAUCCUCUUUGCACCUUUUUUCCUCUACUCAAAACUUGAUUAUUAACUCAUAAUAUAUAUACUCUUAAUUUUCAGUCCCUCUCCUUAAAUUUUUUUAUAGUAUUACUUUGUCUCACAUUUUAGUUCUCUUAUUGAAGAUCAAAAUGUGCCAUGGAGUAUCAGAUUUAGAGUCAUUUCAGACUUCUUGCUACACAGAUCUAGUCCAUAGGCCAGACCCAGAGCCAUCUAAAACAGCCAAGGCACAUGUGGUCAGUCUAAGAAGAAGGAAUGGUGAGAGAUUGUCAAAGGAAAGGGCAAAGUUGAGGAAAUUGAAGAAAAUAAUGAAGAUGAAGAACUUGAAGCUCUACAUGGAAAACAAAACCAUUAUUGAAGAGAAUGAAAAAUUGAGAAAGCAAGCUCUUCUUCUUCAUCAAGAAAACAAAGCCUUGUUCUCUCAGAUGCUAAUUCAACAAGUUUCUCAAAACCCCAAUUAAUAACCACAAUUAAUAAUAUAUAUACUAGUGACUAAGCUAGUUAGCAUCAUAUAUAUAUAUAUAUGAUAAUAGAGAUAAUUAAUUAAUUAAAUCACUAUUUAGCUAGAAUACACGUAAUACCUAUCAAGUUAUUUUAAUACAACCCUCUUCAUUGUUAUCGAUU